AUGGCAUCAAACCAGAGCUCGGAGCUGCAGGCCUCGGUGGCGACAACGGCUGCAAAGAGCCCGUCCUCCAAAGGAUCGUCUCCACCAGCGGCGGGAAGCUCACCUGCUGCCAAUGCCAAUGAGUCUGAAGGAGGCCCAAUCGUGGCUGUGAGUCGAAACGCCGUGUCGUUGCUACAUAACAUCCACACGUCCUCGACUGCUUCGUUGAGCGAAAGUAUAACUGAAUACCGACGCAUUCUUGGGCGGACCUACACGCAAAAGGUUGACUACUGGGGACCAAACGACGAAAAGCAGAAUGAAGGGCUCGAUCUUGCUCAUUAUUGGGAGUGCGUCUUUUUCGACGACAAGUUAUUCUUGGCACCAAUCGGAGAUACCCCUCAUAAAGUUCUCGACAUCGGCACUGGAACGGGUAUCUGGGCUAUUGACUUUGCCGAUGAAUUCCCAUCGGCGGAAGUUGUUGGAGUAGACAUUUCGCCGAUACAACCGAGUUGGGUUCCGCCUAACUGUAAAUUCCAAAUCGACGAUAUUGAGGCGGAUUGGACAUGGCCUCUGGAAUUCUUUGACUACAUCCAUAUUCGGCAUCUGGAAGGAUGUGUUUCUGAUUGGCCAAAGCUCUACUCCCAAUCAUUUGAACACCUCGUACCCGGUGGGUACGUUGAGGUCAACGAGCUGGAUCUUGAAGACUACUCCCAGGCGCUUGGCGACGACUUGCCCCAGGAUCACGUGUACAGAAGGUGGGCAAAGAUCAUGUUCGAGUCUAUGGAUAGACUCGGGAAGACCGGGAAACAGACUCGAGACCACGGCAUUGCAAACGGCAUGAGAAACGCUGGGUUCGUCGACAUCGUGGAGAAGAGUUGGCCCAUUCCUAUUGGAGGUUGGGCGUCUGACCCUAAGCUUAAAGAAGUCGGCGCCGUCAACCUCCAGUACAUUGACCAGUCCCUCGAAGGUUUUGGGACUUUUCUCCUGAGAGAAAUGAUGGGAUGGGAGGAUGUGGAAAUUCUUGUUUUCAUGAGCGAGAUGCGCAAGGCUUUGAGGGAUCUCAAACUUCAGACGUACUUCACAUUACACGUGGUGUAUGGGCGGAAGCCAGAAGAAUCCGAAGGACAGGCAACCGUUGCACCCGUCGCCUGA